AGUUUACUUAACACUAUUGUAAUUUAGCGUUAAGUUUAGGGGAAUUUUUUCAUUUAAAGUAAUCCACAGACAUCCUGGUAUUGAUACACCUGAAGUAUUCGAUCCAGACACCUGUUGAAAGAUGAAGGUCUUAUUGAUUUUUUUCAGCCUCCUUGGAGCUGUCGUGUGUCUUGACGUCGACUCGGCGUUCAAAAAGUCGAAACUUGUCACCCAAGUUAUGCCCUCUGCACCUAAAAAUGAAUUGACGGUAUCUUAUGGAAGUGAUAAAAUGAUGUUGGGCAAUAAUUUCACACUACUUAAAACUAUCAUUAGACCGGAAGUUUCCUACGAAUUUCAGGAAGGAGAGUAUUACGCCUUAGUUAUGUUGGACGCAGACCCCUUCAGCGAAAAAUGUCUCUUCGGCGGGGAAUUUCUCAUGUGGUUAGUAGUGAACAUUCGUGACAAAGUGAGGAACGGAGAAGAAAUAGUAGGUUAUCGGCACCCCUCCCCCCUCCCUGGUACUGGUGUUCAUCGGUGCCCGAUUCUGCUGUACAAACAAUCUAAAAAGAUCUCCUUCGACGAAAGGUCCGAUUCGCCCUUCGACAUCCACAAUCGGCUCUUUUUUUCAACUAAAUCUUUCGCGAAGAAAUAUAACAUUGGCGAUCCGAUCGCUGGAAAUUACUUCACCGCUAGAUUCAAUCUUCCUUUUCUUAACGGAAAUUUCAAUAUUACUGAAAUUCUACAAUAUAUUAAAUAAAUAUUGAGCUUUACUAUG